GGUGAGAAUUUGAUUCAGGAAGUAGUGCAUUUGCCGACUUAAAAUCCUCCUCAAGACAAUCCGCUGUUGAUAUUCCCACCAAUAACUAUUCGAGUCAGAUUGCUCUCUCAUGGCUGGCAGAAGAGUCGUGGUCUUCCCCUCCUCAGCGGAGCUCGGUCCGGUGCUGGCCCAGCUGGUGACAUCUCGGGCUGAGAAAGCCAUCAUCUCUCACGGCAGGUUCACGCUGGGCCUCUCCGGAGGAAGCUUGGCGUCCAUGCUCAGCAAAGAGCUGCUUGCUCUGCCAGAUCUGGACUGCAGCAAGUGGGUAGUUGGUUUCUGUGACGAGCGACUGGUUUUCUUCGAUGAUCCUGAGAGCACCUUUGGGCUGUACAAGAGUCUGUUGUUUUCCAAGGUCAACAUCCCUGACCGUGGGAUCUUAGCCAUCGAUUCCUCUCUGCCAGUCAACGAGUGUGCAGCGGAUUAUACCCGUAAACUGAAGGAGGCCUUCCCAUCUGAUGAUUUCCCAGUGUUUGACCUGUUACUGCUGGGCAUGGGGCCUGAUGGACACACCUGUUCCCUCUUCCCAGAUCACCCUCUCCUAGAGGAAACAAAGAAGAUUGUGGCCCCCAUCAGCGACUCUCCCAAAGCACCGCCACAGCGCGUAACUAUGACCUUUCCAGUGGUGAACGCCGCACGCUGUGUGGCUUUUGUAUCAACGGGAGGAAGCAAAGCACCUAUUUUGAAGGAAGUGCUGGAGGGUAGAGAGGGUUCGGCACUUCCAGCUGCCCGUGUCGUCCCGACCAACGGCGAGCUGUUCUGGCUUGUUGAUGACCCUGCGGCUGCCUCCUUAACCAUCCAGGUCGAGAGGCUCGGCUCGGGGGUCAAACUCUAGAGCUUUCCAUCUGCCAAAUGAAGGCAGGAAGUCAACACUGGUGUAAAGACCUGAUUGAAGAAACUGGAAAAUAGUGCAGAACAUUCCAACUUUCACAUGAAAGUGAAAUUGGUUGACGUAGACGAGAUUGUGAGACAGAGAGAUGAACAAAAAUAGAAGAAACUGUUGUAAUUGCCAGCAUAACAUUGAGCACUUAUUGGAAAAUGGUUAGUGUGCAUGUGUGUCAGGUGAGGUUUAGCUUUAUUGAAGUAAAGUGCCUCUCUACUCUACUCAUGUGUUUUGUUUAUUGUUAGUUCAGUUGGAUAUUUGACGUUUACUGGACAGAAUGUAUAAUAUGUGCAGUUUGACUGUCAUCCAAAUUUUGCACAAAACACGUACAAAAUCAGAUGUGUGAUGAGGGAAUUUAAAACAUGCAGCGAACAUAAUCUGGCAGACAUCUUGCUCUGUCUAUCUUAAACAUACAUGCAUUCAUAAAACAGUCCACUAAUCUGACAGUUAUAUCAAUACACUGUAAAAGUCUUUGUUCUGAAAAGUCUUUGUUCUGAUUCUCACCCUUUUAUGAAAUAUCCAAUAAAGCUGUGACGCUGAAAAUCAACACUCA